CGAAGCUCCCCAGGGACCCGCAGGUGUCCGCGGCACUCCAGGCCCCCGCCCCGCCGGCCUUUCGCCCCAGGGAGGUCAGCAUUUCCGCUUGCUAAGUGUGGAGCCGCAGCAGGCGGGGCCGGGGGCCAGGAGCCCGAAGCAGCUGCAGGGACGCGACCUGCAUGCAGAGCGCCGCCCCCGAGCCAUGGACAGCCGCCCGAUCAGCCCGGAGCCCGCGGUCCCCCGCGCGCCUGGCCCGUGCGUGAUCGCGCCGGUGCGCGCCGUGCUCCGCCUGCGCCGCCGCGUGUGCCUCCUGCGCAAGCGGCGCCUGCUGCUGCCCAGCGCGGGGCUGGCUGGAGCUGGGCCUGAUGAAGGGCCCGCGGCGCCGCGUGCAGGAACCGACCAGCCACGCUUCUUCACCUUCGACGACGCCGCGGAGCUGACCUCCCGGGCACCGCGCAAGAGGCGCAGGCGUAGCCGCGUGGUGCUGUACCCCGAGAGCUCGCGCAAGUACUUGCCGCGCGCCGAGCGCCGGAGCCGCGCGCAGCGCUGCCUGCUGCUGCUCGUGGCCAUUGUGGGCUUCCAGGUGCUCAACGCCAUCGAGAACCUGGACGACAAUGCGCAGCGCUACGACCUCGACGGGCUGGAGAAGGCUCUGCAGCGCGCCGUGUUUGGGCAGCCGGCCGCCGUGGGGCGCAUUGUGGCGCUGCUGCGGGACUACCUGGCCACGCACGUGCACAGCCGCCCACUGCUCCUGGCGCUACACGGGCCCAGUGGGGUGGGCAAGAGCCACGUGGGCCGCCUGCUAGCGCGUCACUUCCGCGCCGUGCUCGACGAUGGCGCGCUCGUGCUGCAGUACCAUGCGCGCCACCACUGUCCUGAGCCGCGCGCCGCGCAGGCCUGCCGCGAGGAGCUGGCGAGGCUCGUAGCCGACGUGGUAGCGCGGGCCGAGGCCGAGGAGAAGACACCGCUCCUCGUCCUGGACGAGGUGGAGGCCAUGCCGACGGCUCUGCUGGACGAGGUGCACGGCUUCCUACAGCCGCAGCGCUCACACCAGUUCCACAGCGCCAUCUACGUGCUCCUCAGCAGCACAGGCGGCGGCGAGAUCACGCGCUUUGUGCUACAGAACGCCACCCGCGCGCUGCCCCGGCGCCCCGACGGUGGUCCCGACAGCGUCCGGGGAGCCCGGGCGGAAGAGGAGCUGCACGCCAGCAUGCGGGUGCUUUUGGCCCGCGAGCACCCUCUGUGGAAGGCUGCGGCCAUCGUGCCCUUCCUGCUGCUGGACAAGUCGGACGUGGUCAACUGCUUCCGGGACGAGAUGGCCGGGGAGGGCUUUUUUCCUGAGCAGGCCCGCGCGGAGCGCCUGGCUGCGCAGCUCAGCUACUACCGCGUCGUCGGCCGUGAGUACUCCGUCACCGGCUGCAAGCAGGUGGUGGCCAAGGUGAACCUCUUGUAGCGUUGGUGCAGCUGGACACGGGGACCCUAGUGGGCACUGCAGGACAUUUGGCAUGGUGGUGGCAGCAGGAGAGACUCACCCCAGGCCACUGAGGCCUCUAAUAAACCUGUUUGUGGAUG